AUGGCGGCGGCGGCGCUGCUGCCCCACCUGGCGCUGGCGGCGGCUCUGAUCCUGCCGUGGGCAGGUUCCUUUACAAUCUCCAUUCGUUCGGUUGACAAAAUAACAGUUCAGAUAAAGCCUGGAGUUUCUACUCAAGCAGAAAAAUUCUGCAGGAUGUGUACAGGAAGAGUCUGCUUUCCUGAACGGAAAAUACUAUCUGGGGAGCAGUUUAAUUUUUCUCUUGCAUGUUCCGCACCAGAAAAAUAUUGGGUCUUGGUAGUUGAGAGGUACAUUGAUUGUAUGUCAAGACACUGCCCCUUUGAAGAUAUUCUUCUUCAGCCCUCAGGAUUACCCAACCUUAACAGGACAUUCAUUUGGGAUGUUAAAGCUGGUAGAAAAGAUGCACUUGUACUGAAGUUUGCAAUGUGGCUAAGACAAGUGGAACCUGGACACAUUUGCCACGAUCAAGUUGUUUAUAAAAUCGGCAGCCGCUUUGAUGCCAACACCGUCAAUAUUGGAUUUUUCUGCAGAAAUGGUUCAGUUUCUCGGGUGAAGGUGCAAGGGGAAGUAAUCAUGACUCUGGAGCUUCCUUGGGAUACAAAACUCAACACUUCUGGCUUUAAGAUAGAAAGCAGGGACUCCAUAAAAAGAUUGUGCAUUAUUGAAUCAACGUUUCUGAGUGAAUCGUCUGCAACCCUGAUGUCUGCCAAUUAUCCCUGGGGCUUCCCAGAAGAUGAACUCAUGACGUGGCAGUUUGUCUUUCCACCUACUUUGAGAGCCAGCGUCUUCUUCCUCAACCACACCAAACCAAAUUGUGAACGGAAAGAACAGAGACUGGAGUAUUUCUUACCUGGAUACGAUAACCCUGAGGUGUAUUCUCUGAAAGAUGCACAGCCAAUGAAUAUUCCUGGUAGCUUCAACCUUUCCUUGCAAGGUUGUGAUCAAGAUGAUACGACCCCGGAGGCUCUUCGCUUGCUUUUUAAAGUUGAUGUUCACUCUCCUAAAAAUGAGGACAAUAUAUCCUUCACUGUUGACCUUACGAAAGAGAACAUGAACGUUACAAUCUAUACAGACUCUCUACAAUCUGGAUCCCAUUCGCAGAAUAACCCUGCCUGCUUAAUCUGCAGAAGUGCUAGGCACUGUGGGCCCAAUGUGACGCUCGCAUCUGGUGACUCAGCCUCGCUUACCAUUCUGUGCCACAAAAAGGAUAUAUCCAGCAAUGUAAAGAUGAUUGCUGAACAGUCUAGAGCCUGUUGGAAUUCCAGAAUGUGUCAAAAUAAACCCUUUCGUCUGGUGGUACCCGAGGCUCUUCUGGGGCUGCCGGUUCCUCUCAGCAUGUUAAUAUGGAAACUUACAGCACCUGAAGACACCAACAUAGAACUGAGGGCUCCAGCCUUGAAACUACAGCAACAUAUCCCCAACCAACAACACAUAUGCAGUGGAAGUUACAGUUAUGCCAUUAAUGGGACCACCCCAGGGAAGACCUUAGGGUUUGGUAUAUACUGUCCAGGGGGAGCCAUUGAAAAAAUCCAGAUAAGAAACAACAUCACCAUAAGCCUGAAGACGUUUGGGCAAAACUUCAACAAUGAUUUGCGGAAUCAGUAUCUGAUGUUAUUUUUUGUGCCGGCAAUGAAAGAAGAUUGCAUUUUCACAGUUACCCCAGCUCCAAAAUCCAAAGUUUACUUAGAGACUCCUAACUGGGUAGAGGGUCUGCCUCCCUACAUGAAUGUCUAUUGGAACAUCAGCGUCCCAAAGAAGAAUACUGCACAGCUUCAGUUCUUAUCAGAACGGAUGGACGUUUCUUGUGACAAGGGGUGGGCUUAUGUCUAUGCAAACGAACAGAGACCAAAUUCAGAGGAAACUGUACGCCGUCAUGAUCAGUUACUGCCAAGGACUCUAAAUAUGCGUCAUAAUUUCUGGUUAAACAUCAGUAACUGUAAACCACUUGCUAAGCACUUUCUGUCCAUGCAGUUCACAGUGACAAUUGGCCAAAAAUCAGAUGUGGCUCUCAUCAUUGGCGUGGUGGUUGGUGGGCUGGCUGUGCUGCUAACAGCUAUUGGCCUUGCUGUAUGCUGCAUUAAGAAAAAGAAGAAAAAGGAAAAUUCCCAGACCCCAGUGGUGGGAGUGUAUAAUACCAAUGUCAGCACCCAGCUCCCCACAAAACCAGGCGUAUUCAAAAAGGGGAGGAAGAACAACGAGUCUCAUGUCUAUGCAGUCAUUGAUGACACCAUGGUUUACGGGCACUUGCUCGAUAACUUGAGUGGCCCUGGAAACGCUGAAAUCGGCGUAUACAGGCCUUUUACUGGUCCCAUCAGUUCUAGGCCUCCAUCCCCGCCUCCAAUCUCAUCUUUCAGGAAAAUGUCCAAACUAUCUACGACUGAGGAGUCUUCCACACCAAUGGCUGACAAUGAGACGUAUACCUUUGCCCACCGUGCUCUGGAGCCACUUAAGAGUAAUGGUGAAACACAUGUUAGUGGUAAUGGAGAGGUGGGCAUGUCCUUACUUGGAGAGAAGGAACCGGAAAACUCAGUGGAAUAACUAUGGUACAAAAUCUAAGACU